AUGCCUGCCAAGAGCCUAUCUGGGAUCACCGACCUUUCCAACUCAACCUCAGAAUGUAGCAGAUCCUCCACAAAAUUGUCACAACCUCGUCUACUGUCACCCCUAGGAAAUACUGACACUACUCGGCAAUCAAUCCCAGGUAGCAACAGUACAUAUAACGCUACAGGUUUGACACCAUCGCCUACCAGCCAAAUAAGUUCAUUAGAGCAGAAAUCACAAGAACAAAAUCCUGAAAAUGAAGACUCUUUCAUCUCAGGUUCAGAUUCCAACUUGGAUUUAGCAAUAGCACAAGCUCGAGAUGAAUCCAAUUCCCCAUCUGUACAACCACCUUCCCACAAGAAACUUACACUUUCUAUGCCUUUCAAAAGAAAGGUCUCACAGGGUUCUUCUCCAACAUCUUUAGGUCCUUCACUACUGCCACGUCAAUCCAAAGACGAUAUACAACGAGAAACCAUCAAGAACAAACUGAAGAAAACGUCAUCAAUAUCCACAAUAGAAGAACAAAUCUUAUUCCAAGACGAGAAAGGCUCUGUCGAUGUCAGAAAAAGGGCGCUUAAAAAAACCUUCGAAUUAGAAUCUCUGAAACAUGCUCUUAACACCAUUAAGGCAUUACGACACAAGAGGACCGAUGACGGCUACGAUUACAAAAGAGUCCAUUCUAUUUGGGAUGAACUGGAAGGUGAUGUCCUAAUCAUGGGCGGCUAUAGGGGUAGUAUUCUAAGAGAUACAAAGACUAAUCGACGAGUGUGGAUUCCACUUAAAGCAGGUUUAAACUUACGAAAAGUAGACUUGCGAAUUGGACCGAAUGAUGAAGAUGAAGUGGAAGCUAUGAAACAUAUUUAUCCGGACGGUAUUCUAAGUCAUGUUGGCCCAGUGGAUGUUUGCAAACGUCUGAUCAAAAGGUUGAAAUCUAAUUCAAAGGUUAGAUUAACCAAUUUUGGUUACGAUUGGAGAUUAUCACUAGAUAUAAGUUCUGAACAGCUUUCUAAUAAAUUACAACAAAUCUAUGACUCUCAAGAAGUGAAAAGAGGUACUUACAUCAUAGCACACUCUAUGGGCGGUUUGGUCGCACAUAAGGCGCUACAAGACAAAACACACCUGAUUAGAGGUAUCAUUUACGUUGGUUCACCAAGCAGAUGUCCCAACAUCGUGGGGCCCUUUAAAUACGGUGAUGAAGUGCUCAUGAAUAAAACAAUUCUCAGUAAAGAAACUAAUUUUUUAAUGAGAAGUAGCUUCGCUUUCCUUCCAGAAAAUGGUAGAUGCUUUCUACAAAGAGGUACAGGAAAGAAGUUCAACUUAGACUUUUUCGACCCGCAGGUUUGGGUUAAAUUGGGACUAUCACCGCUGGUGGAUGAAGAUCGAGUCCUAGAUCCACACACUGUACCAAAAGUAGCCAAGAAACAGAGUCCCGAGGAUGAGAAACGCAUGGCCAAAACCGAAACAAAAACUAAACUACCACAACCAGGUAUAUCUACUGAAGGGAACGAUAUUUUAGGUAUACUAAACCCGAUACCAUUAAUGAGAUCAAUAUCGGGCCCAUCUGACAAAGAUCUUAGACAUCAACCGCCACAAGAUGGGCGAAGUUCUCUCAGACACUGGAAUCCCUUCUCUCUAUUUACAAAAAUUUCUUCAUCCUCUACUGAUGCUGCGCAACUGACAGAACACAAGCGAGUACAGGAUGAUCAAAAUGACAUGCUAUUUAAGACUUCUCACGAAGAAUGUGUUCGCUAUUUGGAAAGAACUUUAAAGCGCACAAAGGAAUUUUUAUCAAGCCUAGAGUAUAGACCAGGAAAAGAAUAUCCACCAUUGGUUAUGCUUUACAGUAAUCAAGUCCCCACCGUGCGCGGGGUCCACAUACAAGGUCUAAAAGAUGUUAAACUCGGCCGUUACGACGACUUUUCUUAUGGCCCUGGUGACGGUGUAAUAUACCACAAAUGGUUGCUACCAGAACAGAGAGGAUUCCCCGUAGUAGCCAAAAUCAAUAGCGAUUGUGGUCAUGUGAGUUUGAUGUCCGAUUUAGACGCCAUGGCAAAGGCAUUCAUCUCUCUUGUAGAUAAUGAUAAAACAAUUCAAACCGAUUGA